CUCCCCACCCUCCCUCCCUCUCCAGCAUGACCGCCGACCUAGACCGGUACAUCUCUACGCUGCGACAAUGCAAGUACCUUCCUGAGCCGGACAUCAAGUCUCUCUGCGAGACGGUUCGCUCCCUGCUGAUGGAGGAGUCGAACAUCCAGCCUGUCUCGAGUCCUGUAACCAUCUGCGGUGAUAUCCAUGGGCAAUUUUGGGACUUGUUGGAGCUGCUCAGGGUAGGAGGGGAGCCCCCGGAGACGGGAUAUGUCUUUAUGGGCGACUUUGUAGACCGCGGCUACUUUUCCCUCGAGACAUUUUCGCUUCUCAUGGCAAUGAAGGCCAGAUGGCCGGAUCGAGUCACUCUCCUUCGCGGGAACCACGAAUCGCGUCAAAUAACUCAAGUGUACGGCUUCUACGACGAAUGCCAGCACAAGUACGGGAAUGCCAAUGUGUGGAAGUCCUGCUGCCAGGUAUUCGACUACCUCAACCUGGCAGCUAUCAUCGACGGACGGAUCCUCGCCGUUCAUGGCGGGUUGAGCCCGGAUGUGAGGACGUUGGAUCAGAUUAGGAUCAUCGCUAGAGCACAAGAGGUGCCGCACGAGGGGGCGUUCUGUGAUUUGAUGUGGAGCGACCCGGAUGACGUUGAGGGGUGGGCGGUCAGUCCGAGGGGGGCUGGGUGGUUGUUCGGGGGGAGGGUGACGAGGGAGUUCAACCACGUCAACGGCCUGGAUCUGAUAGCAAGAGCACAUCAGCUCGUACAAGAGGGAUACAAACUAAUGCACGACAACGGAAUAGUGACAGUCUGGUCUGCCCCCAACUACUGCUAUCGCUGCGGCAACGUCGCCUCCAUCUUCCAGGUCGACGACCUACUUGCGCCGCCGCCGCUCGGUGACGAGGACGAGGACGACGCGGCGGGAGCGACGAAGUCUGAGGGUGCGGCGUCGCUGGAGGGGUACCCAUCAGAUAAGCCCCCCGCGGGUCAAGCGAAGGAGAGGCGAUUCGGCGAGGGCAACUUCAAAAUCUUUGAAGCAGUGCCUGAUCAGGAAAGGACGACGCCUAGUCGGAUGAGUCAGAGUGCUUGGUUCUUGUAGCGGGG